GCUGGUCCGUUCCCAGGGUCCGAAGAAGACGUGUCAAGAAAAAGCUCCUUGUUAGAUGUGGACGUAUAAUGGCAGGACAACACAAAUGACUGUCCUCUUUACUCCCUGCUCGUCCCAUAAAUGAGUCGAAAAUGGGCAAGAGAGACAACCGAGUGGCUUACGUUAAUCCUAUUGCUGCUGCACGAUCCAGGGGCCCGGUACAGAACUCUGGACCAACCAUACAGGAUUAUUUAGGCAGACCUCGGCCAACAUGGGAAGAGUUAAAGGAGCAGCUGGAGAAGAAGAAGAAGGGCUCGCGAGCCUUAGCUGACUUUGAGGACAAGAUGAACGAGAGAUGGAAGAAAGAGCUGGCGAAGAACCGUGAGAAGCUGAUGGGCGGGAGCGACAAGGACAAAGAAAAGGACAAAAAGGCAACAGAGAAAAAGAAGAGAGAGAAGAAGAAGUGCAGUAGGCAUUCUUCAUCUUCUUCCUCCUCCUCAUCGAGUUCUGAUUCCUCCAGCAGCUCCUCCUCAGAAUCCGAAGAUGAGGACGAAAAGAAGCCGGUGAAGAAAAAACGUAAAAGGAAGAGGUCGUCGGCCAGGAGAGCGUCAGAUGACUCUGAAGCAGAAUCGGAGCCAGAAAGAAAGAAGAAAAAGAAGAGAAUGAAGGAGGAGGGUGAUAACGAGAAGGACGGCAAGAACCAUCGCAGGAAAACAAAAACCGAGCGCAAAGACUCCUCCUCCAAGUCUUCUGCAGAGUCGGCAGGAGAAGAAUUUGUAAGUCAUUCGUUUUUUUUUAACGGGGACAGCAAUUUAAGUUUCAAUUCUUGUGAAUUCCAGCUGCUUUUUGUUUUAAUGUUGCUGCAUUGCACGACUUCCUCGUUUGUGUGGUUUCAUUUUUCUGUGCCAGGCGGAAGCCAAGAAGAAAAAGAGAAGUAGCGAGGAAAAGGAGAAAAUCCCAGACAAAUCCAGGAAGAAGAGGAAAAAGAAGCACAAGAAGCACAGCGGCAAAAAGAAGAGGAAGGCGGUGUCUCAGUCCAACUCUGAGGCGGACUAGCUGUGCAACGUUGUUUUUGUUUUUUUGACACCACAUUUUGGACACCAGGCACAGUAGGGUUAAAUCAGUGGCAACUCCUCGCUGAAUCAUGUGCAUAUCUUUUUUAGACUUUUGAGUGCAUGUGCCACGGAUGUUCCUACUGACUGAACUAUCCCUUUUUUUGAGCAGUUUCACUUUGCUUCCUCCAGUAGCUGCUGCUGCUUCCUUCUUCCCAGUUGCUCCGUAUGCUGAAACCUCGAUGUCACGCCAGCCUCAUAUUGAAGUUGGACCUGUAAGAUAAAACACACUUCCGUUUGUCGUGGCACAGCAGUGCAAUGUAUGAACCCUCGUGAAUAAACUCAUGUUGUAGCCACCA